UGUGUUGAUGUGCUUCCAGCUGUUUGUGGGGAUUCAUGAUGUCUGGACUUACGGUCUGGUCUGGACUGGACUAGAGGAUCCUCCCUACAGCCUGUGAGAUCAUCUCACUUUUAAUUAGACCGGAUUUGCCAAUUAACGGGAAGUCAGCCGGUCCCUCUCAGCCUUUUAAAAGCAGCCGAGUCCAAACGUCCGGCGGAAUUCUGACAGAGGCUCAAACAAGAUGAGCAGAAGGAUGUCUUCCACUGUACUUUGUGCUGUUAUUUUGCUGGCCUGUGUCUUGACAUUAAGUGCUGCUCAGGCGAGCUGUAAAGGUCGAUGCGGUGCUGAGUACUACAGGGGUAACACAUGCCAGUGUGAUUACAGCUGCCUGUCUUAUGGAGAGUGCUGCAGAGACUUUGAAUCCCAAUGCACCACAAAAAACUCCUGUAAAGGACGGUGUGGAGAAAGCUUCAAAAGAGGCCGACUGUGUAGCUGCGACUCUGACUGCGUUAAGUACAAUCAGUGUUGUCCAGAUCACAAGAUCCACUGUGAUGCAGAAGACGAAAUCAGUGGAGCAGCCAGUGAAACUGCACCAGUGAAGACUAAUUCAUGCCAUAAUGUAAAUGAUAACAAACCCAAAGAGCCAACUGUGAAUGGAGCAACUGAACCUUCUACAUUCAGCGAGGGAAACAGUGCAGAUGACCCUUUGAUUCCACUGGUCAGUCCAACAUCAUAUCCCAAAGAUGAUCUCACUGAUGAUGUGUACAGCCAGACAUUUCCCAGUGAAUUGGACCCAUUGGACCCAGAGACAAGUCCGAUCCCAGAGAGCACCAGUGGCUAUGGAUUGUCUACAGUUGACCUGUUGGAUCAGAUUUCUAUUGAACCCACCCAGGAUCCAGACACUCUGGAGCUAAGUACAGAGACGUUUACAGUCUUCUCUGAGACACAGACGACCCUCUCAGAUAAUGAACCAACACAGGCCGAUAACAGCCCCUCCACCCUCGACCCUAUCACUGAAGGAGCCCCCACGGAGAGCACAGGUGCCAGUGAUGCUACCAGCUCAUCUGAUGCAGGAACAGCUCUCCCUGAGUCCACAACAUCAGCUGACCAUGACUCCAGCCAGCCUAAUCCAACCUUAGUACCCCAGACUGAUUUUUCUCCUACAGCUAACACCCCCGAGCUGGAGACAGUGGGACAGGCAGAGGCAAAGCCUGAGGAAGAGAUUUUGCCUGAGGAUCCAACGGUAGCCUCCUUAAAUGACCCAGAAGUCUCAACCCUGCACACCAGCACAGCCUCCGCAACCCCUGUGGCUCCAGUAUCCACAGGACCCACUCAAGGCUCCUCAACAAUGCUGGAAACGACACCCACCUCAGAGGCAACCACUCCAGUCCUGGCAGCCUCUGAAGAUCCUUCCACCAGCGUUUCUCCAGCAGGGCCCAGGGACAUGCCAGAGCUUGAUGCCCUGACGACCAGUGCUCCCUCAUCCACAGAUGCAGUGCAGGAUAACACAGCAGCUGAUGUUACACAAGAAGUCACCACUGCUGAACCGCUAAAUGUCACCCCAGACUCGACUAAAUCUACACCAUCUGAGGCCACCUCAAAACCCCAGAAGAAACCUGACCCAUACAAGCCAAUGCCAGCUAAGCCAACUCCAGCUAAACCCAGCUCCUCCAAACCUGAGACUAAACCUCUGGACGCCACACAAUCUCUCAGUACAGACGAUCCUAGAGAUUUCCAAGCAGACGACAGCAACGAUACAAAUCUGUGUAGUGGGCGGCCGGUCAGUGGAGUCACUACACUGAGGAACGGCACAAUGGUGGUUUUCAGAGGGCACUACUUCUGGAUUCUGGACAGAAACAUGGUGCCUGGUCCGGCUCGUGGCAUCACCCAGGUGUGGGGUGUCCCCUCUCCAAUCGACACUGUGUUUACCCGCUGCAACUGCGAAGGCAAAACAUACAUCUUCAGGGGAUCCCAGUACUGGAGGUUUGAAAAUGACGUGUUGGACCCUAACUAUCCAAAGGUCAUUGCAACUGGAUUUGAUGGGCUACGGGGCCACAUUACAGCUGCUCUGUCUGUGCCUCAGUACCAGACAAGGAGGGAGUCAGUUUACUUCUUCAAGAGAGGGGGGGCUGUCCAGAAAUAUUCAUACCAGUUUGGCACCAGUCCAUCAUGUAGCAGUGGCAGGAGAGUCCAGUACGCCGUUUACACAGUCCACAAACGAAUGGUUCGACAAGCAGUGUCUCUUCUAGGGCCAACCAUCAACAUCAGGACAUCUUGGAGAGGUUUCCCUUCCACCAUUACAGCUGCUGUGUCCGUCCCCAACAAGAGGGAACCAGAGGGAUACAAAUACUAUGUCUUCUCAAGAUCCAAAUCCUACAAUGUGAGGAUGGAUGGUAAACGUCCCGUCAUUCCUGCUCCUACAGCCAACGCGUCACCUCAGAGCAACAACUUCUUCAAAUGCCCCAACAAAGUGUGAUGAAAGUUGUGUCUCAUAAAC